CUCCGGCAGCCGCGGCGCUCACGGACGCUCGCCCGCAGCCGGGAGCCUCCCGGGCACAUGCAGCAGGGAGACGAGGCCCUUCUCCUCUGGCCACCUGCUGAUCCAGUCCCGGGCUCCCCCCUUCCCUAGGCAUCGCUCUGUUCUGGGAACAACUGGGAGAACUCUGCCCGAUGCCCUCAGAACAUGUCUGAUUGGACAAAUCUGUGGUAUGUCUGGCUGAUCCUGCUGAUGGUGUUCCUGCUCCUGCUCUGCGGAGUCUCAGCGAGCUGUGUCAAGUUCUGCUGCAGGAAGAAAAGGCUUCCAGUGGAGACCUUCCCCCGGCACCCCUGUGACCUGACAGUGAUUGGCAUGGACAGUGACAGCACUGCCCACAGCACAGUGACCUCAUACAGCUCAUGGCAGUACCCCCCAAGUGUCCAGAUUCCCUUGGUAUUUGUGGAUAUGGAUAAGAACACUGUGUCCCCUCCAGCUUAUAGCCUCUAUGCCAUGGACCUGCCACCUUCCUAUGAUGAAGCUGUUCAAAUGGGAAAGCAAGUGGCACGGACAAACCAGAAACUUGAUGACAUCCCUGAACAGGUGACACCACGUGGGCUGAAUCCCAGCCAGUCCCCACCUGACACAAUCAACAGAGAUCCACCAACACAGACAAAUUCAGAAGAUUCAGAAGAUGCCACGAAAGAACAGCCACAGGUCUGACUCAGUUCAGAUGGGGAGAAAAGUAAGGGAAGGACUGUAAGGGUUAAAGAAGACAUGAAAAGUUUGGGUUUCUAAGUAGGUUAUGAUGGAAAGAUAUUUCUUCUCAUGCCCUUGUAAUGAUCUGUCAGAAGAAAUGUUUUCUGUGACUGCUGUAAUCCCCUGGUAAAACUUCUUCAAGGAUAUGAAAUGAGGUAAAAGGGCAGCAGUUUAAAAAUGCCUGUAAAAGUGGGACGUGAAUGAGUGUUCAUCUUCUGAUAAAAAAAAAUUGUUCCUUGUGUCCAGCAAUAAAAAAGGUUAGGAGAAUUCUGCCACCUUGGGAAUACACUCAGAACAGCACAAACAGGAAGCUGUUGUACUAGAACAGAAGUUUCCCAAGCUGGAGUUGAAGGGGGAAUCCCAGCAAGUGACACUGAACAUUCUCUGUGGUUUCACUUCCUUUGAGAACACCAACUGCCCAGGAAGCUGCUGAGGACAAAGUGCUGCACAGUGGCUCCUGUUCCUCAAGGAGCAGGAAGAUGCCAGGACAGGAGAGCGUGGAGGGAAAUGCUUUGUGUUGUUUCACACCUGCACAAAGGGAGUGAGGCAGAUGAGACACGACACUUCUGUGCUGGUGGUGCUCAUGAAACCCCAAGGAAUUGUUUCUGAGCUUCUAUAAAUCUUUCCAUUUCUAUUUUCAAGAUGUGUUGCCUUGUGGGUGGGUUCCCUUUGCUAUUUAAUUUUUCCAGAUAAAGUACACACUAAUUCCAAAGA